GGGCAGUCUUGAACAGAUAAGAGUCGUCUUCCAACGCUUUGCUCUGUCUGAGCUUCGACGAUGGAGAGAGCAGUCACCGGCACUUCUUCCCUCCUCAGCUGCUCCCCCUCGUCCUCCUCUUCCUCCUCUGCCUUCUACUCGAAGACCCAACUCAUCGAGUGCCCUCCUUCCUCUCUGUCUUCUUCAUCCCUCCACGCGACAUGCGGGUUCCUGAGACUGGGUGGCCCCCAGUUGGGCUCCACGAGGAAGGCCCUCCUGCCGGUGGUCUCGUCCCCGCGGGUCUCCCUCCGCAGCUCGGUCUUGGCGGUGGAGGAAGCGUUCGAGAAGUCGAGGAACACGGUCGACGCCCCUGCCAAGGAUUUGCUGCCCAAGAUUGAUAAGAGCGGCAGGUUCUGCAGCCCAAGAGCCGCUCGUGAGCUCGCUCUAAUGAUUUCUUAUGCGGCUUGCUUAGAAGGGUCUGAUCCGGUUCGGCUGUUCGAGAAGCGGAUGAACAUGAGAAGAGAGCCAGGUUAUGAAUUCGACAAGGCAUCGCUGUUGGAGUACAACCACAUGAGCUUCGGUGGCCCUCCUGUUACGACUGACACAGAGGAAGAAGCUGACGUGCUCCUGCGGAACGAUGAGAAGAAAUCUGCCAUUGAAGCUGAAGUCCUUUCUGCCCCGCCGAAGAUGGUAUACAGCAAACUGAUAUUGAGAUUUACGAGGAAACUUUUAGUCGCAAUGGUUGAUCAAUGGGACAGUCACGUGCUUGUCAUCGACAAAGUGGCCCCUCCAAACUGGAAGAAUGAACCAGCAGGCAAGAUCCUGGAGUUCUGCAUUCUCCAUUUGGCAAUGUCUGAGAUAUCAGUGCUUGGAACUCGGCACCAAAUUGUCAUCAAUGAGGCUGUUGAUUUGGCGAAACGGUUCUGCGAUGGAGCAGCACCUCGAGUAAUCAAUGGAUGUCUCAGGACCUUUGUCAAGGAUCUUGAAGCAGCUCGAUCAUCUCGGAAUCCAGAGGUAGCAGAAGAGAUGCCCGUCGAAACAUGAAAUCUAAUCAGGGAACACAUGCAUUUUAAUCUCCUUUUGGAUCACCCAACCAACUACUCUGGGCGGGGAUCACUUUACUUCACAACAUAGAUUACAAGGUCGGGACACUUUCCAAGUCCAUAGCUUCGGAGAGUUCGGAAUGUAUUAAUGUAAUAUAAUCCUGCAGUUGAAUUGUAUAAGGUAUUGCAAAAAUUUUCCUCAUAAAUUGUAUCAAAUUCAAGUUGGCAAAAUUAAAGUCAAAAGUUGGUUCGGCCCUGCA